ACUGACUUUAUUUAUUUUGACUUGGUUCCAGGUUGGUCGUCUCAGGCUUGGAGUCGGAACUAAUAAGGAACAAUAGAGAAAGGUUAAAUAAAUAUCAUACACAAUAGCUACUCAGGUUCACACAGGAUUCUGAUCCUGGUCUGCUUUCCCAAACGGACCACACUCCAACUUUAAAGAACAUUUGGGCUGAUUACAAACACGCCCUGGAAAGCUUAAAUCAAUCAAUCAAUCAAUCAAUCUGUCUGUCUGUCUAUCUAUGGCUUUCUCUCUAUUUAUCUAUCCAUCUAUCAAUCAUCCAUUUAUCCCACCUUCCACUUCCCCCUCCCUCCAAAAUUCCUUUAACUUCCUUUUCCGGUUGUACGUGAUGACGCAGGAGGGCACGUUACGCGAUAACGUCUGACGUCAUAUCUUCCAGCUCAGCCGCCGCUGUGUGGCCGAGUCCGAGCUCCCUCCCCCCGCUGCUCCGUGAGCCGCUACCCGCGGAUGACUGUCAUCCGCCGGCUGAAAAAACAGCUACACGGCUCCUGCCUGCGGUCGGAGUGCGGAGCUUUGGUGCCGUCAUGGCGGAGUGAGUCGGUACGGAGGUCCCGGGACUGCUGCAGCAUCUGUGGUGAUGGUGCUGGACUCAGGUGAAGUCGCCAUGGAUCGGGUCGAGGGCGAACACAUCGGCAGCUGCAGAGACCCGUUGGAGCCGGAUGUCAGAGCAGAUUCACUAAAACCCAGCAGCCCUUCUGCAACAACCAGAACACCGUCCAAAAAGAGCAAUGCAGCGAAGAAAGAGAAGGUUUCCCACAACGGGCUCCCAGUCCAGACCCACCACAGUCCAGUGGAGAAGAGGGCAUCGUUAAAAGUUGGCGCCACACCCAGACCCCCGCUUCGCCGUCCCCUCAGCCUGGAGAUGACGCCCAGGAGCCUGCGAGGGUCUCAGGAGCAGAUGGCGGACAGGCGGCCUCCUUGGCGCAGCGGCUCUGCUGCUCCCUCACCUCCAGCUCGCAGCCUGACCAGCCCCAGUCUGGGUGCAGGUGGAUGGAUGCGGCGCAGUGAGAGCACCUGCUCGGUAAACUACUCCCUGGGGCUCCGGGCAAGCAAGGGGCAAAUGCGACCUGCCACCUCGCUCCCGCACAUCGCUAAAGGGACGGGGGCUACGCCGCAGCCUGCACCCGCCAGAUCCUGCCUGCUCGUCGCCCUGAGGCCUCUGAACCUGGAGCAGGAGAAGCAGGCUUUCUUUCAGUCGGAUUUCAAGUACGAGCCCCAGUUUGAGUACACUCAACCUGAGCCGAGGUCUGUGCUGGAGAAGUACCGCGAGGGCUCAGGCCUGUUCCUCGAGCAGGCGGUUGGAAUCAUGGAGUGCGUCCUGAGGAAGUUUGGCUCAUAUGAGGACUUUGAGGUGGUGACCGGUGGAAACGUGCUCUCGAAAAGUCAGAUCUGGGCUGCGGUUCGCAAAUAUCUGCAGAAAGAAGGCUGCGUGGGAGAGGUGGUCGUGCGUCUGUCUGAUGAGCUGCUGUCUCAGGCAGUGAUGGUGGUGGAGAGCUGUCGUCCCACUCUGACCAUUAACUUGGCUGGAGCUCGGCAGCACUGGCUGGAGGGGAUGCUGAGGCAUGAGAUAGGGACACAUUAUCUGCGAGGUGUCAACAACGGUCUGCAGCCGUGGGCCAGCGCGGACGGCAGGAAGCAGUUUGGCCUCAAACCGGCCAACCCUACAGAGGAAGGCCUGGCCAGCCUGCACAGCGUCCUGCUGAGGAAGCAGCCGUAUCUGUGGCGAGCAGCUCUGCUCUACUACACCGUCUACCACGCUGCCAGCAUGAGCUUCAGCCAGCUCUUCAGUCACAUCGCACGCUUCGUCCAGAACCCCGACGUCCGCUGGGAGUACUGUCUGAGAGCCAAGAGAGGACAGACGGAUACGUCGCAGCCCGGCUGCUUCAGUAAAGAUCAGGUUUACCUGGACGGAAUCCUGCAGCUUCUCCGCCAUCGAAGGUCCAUCGACUUCAAGAUAUUGACGUCUCUAGGAAAAGUGUCGUACAAGGACGUGGCGAGGCUGCGUCCUCUGGCGACGCACUCCAGGACCAGAAUCCCGCACUUCAUGCGAGACCCAGAACGGUACCUGCAGCACCUGGACCACAUCGUCGCGGUGAACGAAUUGGACGACUCGACGCUGCGGCGCCUGCUGCCGUGGCCGACUGAACCCGAGAGGACGGAGGCGGAGGACGCCGGCACGCCGUCGACGCCAUGCGUGACGUAAAGAAAAAAAAACCACUCGGUGAUACGAAGUUUGCUCCGAGCAGCGAUUUCUGUAAAACUUGAACAACACGAACAAAAAGGGACAUAAACACAAACACCUCUUAGCUUCACUGUUGUCUAAUGCAUGUCACAGAGGCCCCUCCCACUAUACAGUUACCUCAACACUGCUACGCUAACAUGUACCCGACGUUAUAGCUGUAGACUAGUAUUUCACACACAUAUUUAAACGUGUUCACAAAGCUUUAUUUUGUUGUUUUUUUUACUUCAGACUGAAUGUCACUGGUUUUAGCUUUAUACCUUUUAUUUAAUUUUUUUUUUUACAUCGUAGAUUAUUUGCAUUAUAAAAAAAAGGACACCAAGGACACAUAAAAAUAAAAAAAGAAUGAAAACGGGAUGAAACAACUCAGGCCUGAAUCUGUAAAAAGUGCCACUGGACUUGGUCACAUAUUCACGUUUAAAUCAGAUCAACAGCCGUUUCUGUCUGAAAGGUGUCCUUGGUGUCUUUGGAUCAGUUUGCUACUGUGAUCAUGUGACGUGUCCCCGACCUCCCACCUCCGUCCUAGUAAACCCAACUCUUUUUUGUUUUGCACCGUUUCAGGAACAGUUAAGCAUUUUGGGAAGGCUGCGAUUGUAAACUUCGUAAGACGGGGUUUGAGCCGCACAAAAAAGGGCCAGAAGAACUCACUAAUUUAACAAUUUGUGUGAAAAGAAAUCCAGGCGGCCUGAUGGGGGUUAAGAGCACUUUUUAUCGCAAUGUGCAAUCAUAUCAUAUUCAUUUUAGACGUCGUCGUUGAGGAAGAGGAAACGACCGUCUGACUGAGGGUCCACACACACUGGCUGAAAAACACAGCGUGGACCGGAAAUGGCAGCGAGGAUAGAGAAGUAGACAAUGGACAGGUGGAUGUUUACAGUGGCGUCGUAACAAUAAUGUACUGUAGGGGGAGCUCUCUGAAGGAAAAGGAAAAAAAAAAGUUCUACUUUCAGCUCCAGCAAAGAAAAUGGAGUCGCCUAUUUCCCAAAAAUGUCUGACUGUUCCUUUAACCUGGCGCUGAAGUGCCAGAGUGGCAUCAAUUUUUUGUUGUUUGGUUUUUUGACAGAGGAGGAGGAGGCGGGGCUGUUGUUGUGCGUGCCUUCAAAUUAAUAGAGCAUUAUCAGCUGUAGCUCGCCAUGUGUUUGUAUGCUGCUUUUUACCGCGAUUGACCUUUAACCUUCAGAUUUCUAAAGUGAUUCUGGGCCACGUCGUCCUCAGAGCAGAAUAGAGGACGUGGUGGGCUUUAUAAGAACCACAGUCCCGAGUUUUUAACCCGAGCACUUAAAACUAAAUGUGAACACUUGUGUGAUACAACGAUCUGAAGGUUAUCACAUCAUAUAUACACACACACACACACACCGACUUAGCACUGGGUUUAGGGAAAUCCGUAAAGUUUUUAUCCACAUGGAAUGGUGUGUUGAUCCGUUUCCGUGUGGAUAAGGUAAUAAAGAUCCACUUUCUUACAAAUUAGCUUGAAUGUGAAAAAGAUUUUCAGAACUCUUGCUUGUCUGUCACGUCCCACCUUGUUUUCAGUGUCACUACUCUGUCAAGUGGUCGAGGUCUCCAGUAAAAAGGGAAUAAAACCAAAACAAACUUGUCCAUGAUUGUUUAAAAUAUCUCAUGGUAAAUUAAUUAUGAGAUUAAACAAGUACGACACGA